GCGAUACAUGUGAUUAUAAAAAAAAUGACCUCAUUUUCAAUUAUAAUUUAUUUACAACUGGUUGUGCAAUACGUACUAUAUAUAUUAAUACAACUUUGAUAUUGACGCCAUAUUACUGAUUUCCAAUAUCUAUAGUGCGAACACUUUGCGGAAUUCCGAGGAAAAACAGGAAAAGGACUAACAAUGAAAAACAAAAACAAAGGAUCAAGUGCUCGCAAGGAAGCAGCAGUCAUUAUUAUCAAUGAUGAGGAGGAAUUUGAACAUGGAGAUGCUGGAGCAUCUAGUACUUACCCAGAACAAUGUUCCAGUCUGAGGAAGGGAGGCCAUGUUCUACUGAAAAAUCGUCCUUGUAAAAUAGUAGAGAUGUCCACAUCUGCCCCAGGAAAGCAUGGACACGCAAAGGUUCACCUCAUUGGAUUGGAUCUGUUCACUGGAAAGAAGUACGAAGACAUUUGUCCAGCACACCAUAACAUGGAUGUCCCUAAUGUCAAACGUCUGGAAUAUCAGAUUGUUAGUAUUAGCCGUGAUGGGUAUUUGACUAUCAUGGAUGACAAAGGUCAACUUCGCAGUGACAUCAAGGUCGAGGAGGAUGACCUUGGAAAAGAGAUUAAGGUCAAGUUUGAAAAAGAAGAAGACUUCAUGGUCUCCGUCAUCAGUGCUAUGGACGAGGAGAAGGUCAUAGCAAUGAAGGCUAUUAAACAACCUUGACUCUUUUUAUCUGUUAUAUACUCAUCACUAAUUCAAUCCUAAUAGGAUCAUACAAAUUCCUAAUGAGGAUCUCAACCCGGAUCAUAUAAAGUUAAGCGAAAAAUAUUAGCUAAGCGGUGAAGAUUUUACAAUAAAGGAAACACGGUGUGGUAACAGCAAGUGAAGAUAAAAAAAACAGGCUUUCAAGUUCUAAAUAUCUAAUAACAUAAUUCUUUUCUUCUAAUUAAUAAAAUUCUUAGACUC